CAGCGACCGCAUUUGUCGCCCAAGAGCCUCAGUCGGUACUAGUAGUGCCAAAUGGAGUAGUCUCCAGCGAUCAUUUCAGUCAACGCAUUUCCGACAAAUCGGACUCCCUACUUCAACGUCCCCACAACGACACUAUGGCAGACGAGCAGUCCACACAAUCCUGGUCAAUCGACAAGGAUGACUACGUUCUCAACGAGGUGAUAGGCAGUGGAGCCACUGCAGUGGUCCAAGCAGCCACCUGCAAGCCCAGAAAGGAGAAGGUGGCCAUAAAACGCAUCAACCUUGAAAAAUGUCAAACGAGCAUGGAUGAGCUCCUGAAGGAGAUCCAAGCAAUGAGCCAGUGCCACCAUCCCAACAUUGUGUCGUACUACACCUCCUUUGUGGUGAAGGAUGAACUCUGGCUGGUCAUGAAGCUGCUCAGCGGUGGGUCAGUCUUGGACAUUAUCAAACACAUCAUCUCACGUGGCGAGCACAAGUCUGGAGUGUUAGACGAGGCCUGCAUCGCCACCAUCUUGAAAGAAGUAUUAGAAGGGCUGGAGUACCUUCACAAAAAUGGACAGAUUCAUCGUGAUUUAAAGGCUGGAAAUAUUCUUCUUGGAGAUGAUGGCUCAGUUCAAAUUGCUGAUUUUGGUGUGAGUGCCUUUCUAGCAGCAGGCGGGGAUAUGACCAGAAACAAGGUUCGGAAGACAUUUGUGGGGACGCCUUGCUGGAUGGCCCCUGAGGUCAUGGAGCAGGUGCGGGGCUAUGACUUUAAAGCUGACAUCUGGAGUUUUGGGAUCACUGCCAUCGAGUUAGCCACAGGAGCAGCACCAUAUCACAAAUAUCCACCAAUGAAGGUGCUGAUGCUGACGCUGCAGAACGACCCACCCUGUCUGGAGACGGGCAUCACUGACAAGGAGAUGGUGAAGAAAUAUGGCAAAUCCUUUAGGAAGAUGAUCACCCUGUGUUUACAGAAGGACCCAGAAAAAAGGCCAACUGCAGCUGAGUUGCUUAAGCACAAAUUCUUCACAAAAGCUAAGAAUAAUGACUACCUGCAGGAGAAACUGCUACACAAAGGUCCAUCAAUAACAGAUCGGUCAAAAAAGGUGAGACGUGUUCCAGGAUCCAGUGGGCGUCUCCACAAGACAGAGGAUGGUGGUUGGGAGUGGAGUGAUGACGAGCUAGACGAGGAGAGCGAGGAAGGCAAAGCUGCUGUGGCAGCUCUGCGGUCGCCCAGAGUGAGGGACGGGUCUCAGACUACAGAGAUUUUCCCAUCACCAGACGGCUCUGGUGCUCACCUGAAGCCGCCUCCUACAGUCAAUGCGAAUGUUACUCCUGUGGGACAAAGUAGCGAAGACAUUCCACCACAGGCUCCCACUCCAGCUCAAACAGUGAGCCCCUCACAUGGACCCUCCACUCAGGAUCCCGUUGUAUCUGAUGCCAGCAUUCCCAUCAGCCUUGUCCUGAGGCUGAGGAAUCCAAAGAAGGAACUCAAUGACAUCAGAUUUGAGUUCAUGUCAGGCAGAGACUCUGCUGAUGGAGUGUCGCAGGAGUUGGUUUCAGCCGGUCUGGUUGAUGGGAGAGACUUAGUCAUUGUUGCUGCCAAUCUGCAAAAGAUUGUGGAUGAUCCUCAUAGUCAGAAAAAUGUCACCUUUAAGCUGGCGUCUGGUGUGGAAGAGUCUGAAAUUCCCGACGACAUUAAACUUGUCGGCUUCGCGCAGCUGAGCAUUAGCUAAGUCAGAGAGAAUGCAGCGAAAGACAGCAACGACUGGUAAUGCACUGCUGCAUGCUAGUAAAUUCUAUGACGCCACUGCUGCCAAAGAGAGGACGACGACGAGACGUGAAGCUGGCUAAAAAGUGCAACACUGCGGCAGGAUGCUCGAGGACCACAUGGAGAGGAGGUUCAGUUCAUCACAGGGACACACUUGAAACGUUUACAGUGCGCCUAUUCAUGGGAGAGAACAUGCAAUUAAUUACUAACUCCUCUGUCGCCCCCCCCACCUUCCCCACCCCACCCCCUUCUUCAUUCAUAAGCACAACCCAAACCAUCUCCUGUCAGUGCUGGAAACGAUGCCUUCCUCUUCUUUUUAUCUAACAUUUUUAGGUUAAAUAAACUGUGCCACAUAACUCACACCACCUUAAAAUGUCAACCUUAUGCUACACUGAAUUUGACCAGUGAAAAUUAAGCCUUAGGUAAUUAACUGUACAGUACUACCAGUACAAUUGAUGAACUUCUGAUGUGGAAAUUAUACAAUUUAGCGAAAAGUUUUCUUUUUAAGGCAAAUCUCGAACAAUACUUCUCCCCUUACAGUUGAAACAACCAAAGAAAUCAAUCAGGCUGUGACUGCACCAAUAAACUCAUUCAAAUGCACAUAACUCAUCCGUUUGGCUGCUUUGGGUCACAAUUUCAGUUGCGUUACUCAAGUUGGAGUUUUCAAAAAUAAAUGUCGACUGGCCUGAUAUUUUUAUCCUAUGCAAUAUUUGUUUUCACUGGAUGUUACGCUGUUUGCUACGAGCGAUUCUCUUUGGCAGAAUGAAGUCUUUCUGUACCUCAACAUUUCAAGUGUCAAGGAGCAAGGCAGCUCCUCAACUGAUUGAUUUUCCUAAAGCAUCCCAGCAAAGUGUAUUCUUGACACAUCUACGGGUCAUGUUUGCUUGAUUAUGAUUGAUAUUUUCAACGUUCAAGUGGUAAUAUUGCGUUUUCAUUUCAUUGCUCUACCAGCUUUAGGGAAAUCCUUAAUGCAUCUGAGGCGUGUUGAGUCCACGCUGGUUUGGCUCGCAAAGGCUGCCAGGUUUUCAACGUCACUGGAGGUGUACGGCAUCAGAAACUGCAAAUGUUUCACCAAAGUAAAGGGGCACUUCACCCAAAUGGCAUUCAGCACUCUUGCUAUACGGCCGUACUAAUUAAUGGAUCCAAAUUGUCAGUGUGUCGCCAUUGUAAACUAUUAAUUCACACAACAUAUGGCCUUCCACAAUUUUAUCUAUGGCAGACCUGCUCGAGUUUGCCAAUGUUGAAUAGAUUGCUUUGGAAUUGAGGUGAUUUUAACCUCUGAGGAAGUGGCAACAAGUCCAGGUUGUAACCCAUCUCUCAGCCAAAGUCAGCUUGGAAAAGGCACAACACAAAACAGAUUAAUUGGAUGUUCUUUACAGGAUAUAUUGGAAUUACGUAGCCUGUGCCAACAUCCUCAUUUGUUUUAUAGUUGAGGAAAAAUGUUCUGCCCAUGAGUUUUCUUUUUUGACCUGCUAAGCAUGACAGCUGAAUACUUAUUGAAUGUGUUUGCCCUGUAAACCUACACUUUCAUUAUAGAAUUGUUAUGAAGUGUGUUUAGAAUUCCAGCCAGAAAUAUGUAUUUAGGUGGAGUGACCCUUCCUAGAAAAGUAUAGGUGCCUAGCAGGUUUUGUGUGUUUGGCCAUAUUUUAGCGUAUUUGCUGUCCAAACAUUCCUCCUUUGGCCACUUGUCACUCCGUGUCGCAGUCUGCUUUAGUCGUACCACGCGAUGGGGCUGCCUUGAAGCUGCUUCUUCAGGUACCGACGUAAACUGGGUGGAAAGAAUGAUUUACAUGUACGUAUGUUGCAACUCCGAGCACUGUCACAUACGUUUAUUUUAUGUUUAUUUUUGAAAAUUGUUGAUGCAUUUGACUGUUAAACGUGUACAUGCCGCAUAAAACGACUUGUAAAUGUUGAUUCUGGAAAACAGAUGGUGAGCCUGAUUUUUUUAUUAUUUUUUUUAAUUUUUAUUAUUAUAUAACUCAUCUUGAGCCAAAAGAGUUUUUUUGUUUUGUUUUCUGCGAUUUGCCUUUCUCAUUUGUAUCACUAAUCAUGCACAAAUUGGUUUAAUUGGCACCUUAUUGACAUGUUAACGUGUAUUGUAUCUGUUCUUAUAAGCAGAUGAUGUUGUUUUUUUCUUCCAUGUAAACCUGUGCAAACCUGUUUGAGAAGACGUCAUAUAACACAAUACAUUUGUGUGUGUCGCGUUUGCGCUGGUGUGUGUGUGUUUGUAUUUCUGGUGUUAUCUAAAUACCCUGCUUUUUUUUAUUUAUUUAUUUUGUAACCUAAAGGAAAGUUUUUAGGUUUUUUUUGUUUUGUUUUUUUGGCUCAUCACAGUCAUGAAAGCAUUAGCAUUUAAAUCAAAUGAUUGCAACAUCACAUUUUGAAAAAUAUUUUUAUUCAAUUGUAUACAUUGUCAAAUGCUAAUUUGAACUGGAACUUGUGAUUUCAAUACCAGUUGUAUCCUUUGAUCUAAAAUAUCACCACGUGCAGAAUGAUUUUUGGUUGAUGAAUAAAGCCACAGUGGAGUUAAUAAACAAA